AUGGCAGACAGCUCUCAAAGUCUGAGCUACCAAAUUGGAGAAGCUAAAGGGCAAGCACAGGAGAAGGCGAGUAAUUUGAUGGACAAGGCAAGUGAUGCAGCCCAAUCAACCAAGGAAUCAAUACAAGAGGCAGGACAACAGAUGCAAGCCAAAGCGCAAGGUGCAGUUGAUGCUGUCAAAGAUGCCACUGACACGAAGAAAUGAAGCUUUUCUACUUACAUUUCAUAUUGUUUCUAUGAAAGGAUUUAAAUUAAGUUCUUGAUUAUCUAUU